AUGGUCGGUCCAACAGCAUCCCUCUCACAAUUGAACCGUUCCGAUGGUUCGGCGUCAUACAAAUGCCCGGCUACCGGCUACAGCAUUCUGGGUGCUGUCAACGCGCCCAUUGAGCUCCCAGCACGCCGCGACGCAUUGAAGCCCGAAGAAGCCACUGUUGAGGUCUUUGUCAAACCUGGUACGACUACUGCCGGCGUCGGCGAGAGAUACAUCGAAGGAGUUCUGCGGUCUGUGCUGGGGAAGGUGGUCCUCGGGCGGGAGAAGGGCUUCCCUCGUCGCGGCGUCGUCCUCACGUUAGCUAUUGUUGGUGGGGAGAACGUGGAACGUGGCGACUCUUACCUUACUCUGCUCCCGGCCCUCCUACACACUGCCUUGCUGGCUAUGGCAUCCGCCUCCGUUCCCCUAUCGAUGACACUCUCCGCGACCCUCCUCGGUGUAACCAAGUCUGGUGACAUUGUGCGGGACCCCUCUCCCGCUGCUGCGAAAGAUGCUGUGUCACUCCAUGUUUUUGCUAUCUCCUCGAAGAAUCACCUUUUGCUCAAUGAAAGCGAGGGUCGAUUUGAUUUUGAUACUUGGGAACUGGUCCGUGAGCGCGCACUUGCCAUUUGUCAAGGUACGACCACCAGCCCUGAGGGCGACGUUACCAUGGGCGAAGGAACGACCAACGCCAGUUUGAAUGGUUUCAUCCGGGAGACUGUGGAGGAUCAGGUCUACAGCGAUUACGCCUACAAGCUUGACUCUAUCUGA